AUGCCAAGUGCUCAAAAUGCUCCUUUAAUUUUUUCUUUUAAUAAUGGAAAUAAUUAUACUAAAUUACCUCCCUGGCGUUCUCCGUCCCGUGGAACUUUAGCCUUCCAAUUUCGAACACUGACCCCUGAUGGAUUAAUUUUAUAUCAUGGAAUGGCACAAUGCAGGAAUUUUACAAUAUGUGAUUAUCUGGCUUUUGAAUUGAUUGAUGGGCAUUUAUUUAUGAUAGUAAAUCUGGGAUCUGGCGAUAUUCGACUACAGGCCUCUGCUAAAUCCCUGAACGAUGGCUUAUGGCAUAGCGUAGUUAUGGAAAGGGGAGGACGUAAAGAUGAACCAAUUUUCCUUGGAGCUGUCCCUUGGCCUGAUUUGUUUUCUUUUGAUCAAGAAAAUGGAAAUAAUCACCAAGUUGAAGCUGUAACAGUUAUUGAAAUGGGAGAAACUGCUAAGAUGAAAAGAAAUUUUCCUUCAUCUGUUUGGACAAUAAAUCUUCGUCAAGGCUUUCUUGGUUGUAUGAAGAACAUUCGUUUAAAUGGCAUAAAUAUCGAGAUUGCACAUAUGUUUCAGUCAACAAAAUUAUUACCUACGGAAAGGCCAACUGAAAGAAGUCUUUCAUCAAAAACAAAUAAAUGUAAUUAUUAA